AUGAUGUCCUCGGCUUUCCUUUUCGAUUGCCUGGCAUCCCGAAUCAGCAUCUCAAGAUACUUUUUGGCGGGCAUCAUCCUUUCACUGGGUGCGGUGGCAAUACAAUCAUUUGCUUCUGUCGGACAGGUGUCUGGAAACGAGAUCACUUGUGUGCUGUAUGCUUUAGGGGCAGUUGGAGCUGGCAUUUCCUACAGCCUGCAGGCCAAGAUGAACAAGCGUUUGGCACUUGAUUUGGGGUCAUCUGCUCGGUCUGCAGCGUUCUGUAACAUCACGGCGAUGAUUUGGGGUCUACCCACUUGUUUUGUGCUUGUCAAGGCUGAUGUGCCUCUGGAAUUUCGGGCCUCGGACUGGUGGAUUUGGCUACUAUGUGGUUUUCAAUCAGCCUUCUACACAUGUUCUUUGGCCGAGCUGCCAAAAAGCCUUGGGUAUUCUCCCACUUUCAUUCUGAUCACAGCAGGCAAAUUGAGUACAGCGGCUUUUGCUGACACGGUUGGCCUUUUUGCACCACCGUUGCCUGUGUCGUGGUGGAGAUAUGCCAGUGUUGUCAUGACCUUGCUGGGCGCAGCAUCCUUUGCGGUCAACCGCGCGGAGGCUGUCUUGGAGGAUCGUGUGCGCAGCAGCUCCACUCAUGUGGAAGAGGGUAAUGAUUCUUGUGACGAUCUUCAUGCCAGUCUAUCCAAUGUGUCUGAAUCUACGCGUACACCGACUGUUUCUUGA